AUGCUUCUCACUAUAUUGUCACUCCUAAUCGCUGCUGCACAAGCACAGGACAGCACAACAGCCUCAGUGACCCAAAUUGCAGUCUACCCACCCUUCCCCAUCCGCAAUGGCACAAACAUGCAACACACCCAACGCGCCUACGACGUCUCGCUAAUCACCGCCAUCUCCUCCACGACCCUAGUCUACGCUAUAUCAUGCUCACCAUGGACCACGAUGACGCGUUUCAACGACGUCUGCGGCACGUCCUACGUUCCCAAUGUCAUCACUGUGACCGAGAGCCCGGAUGAGUGGCACUGGAGCGCGCAGGGCAAGAGUCUGGAGUGCACGAAUCUGAGAGAGAAGACGAAGACUUGUACGAGUGUCAGCAAUAAUUAUGGGAGCAAUAUUGCACCUGGCACGCAGGAUGGAGGCGAUUUUCUGGCGGGGUUUUUGGAAUACUUUACUACUAUGACGCCGGUUGCUGUGAAUUUGACGGCGGGGUUCGAGAAUGUGCCUGCGACUGUUCUUGCAAGCCUCGAGGAUGAUGCGACAGGGCUUGUCACUAUACAAACGGGCAACCCAAGUAGCUUUGGCUCCGGAGCUGAAGCUACUGCGACAGCGCGCAGUGCAGCAUCGAGUGGAACGGCGAGUGCUUCGAGGACGACAGAUGUCACUGCCCCUAUUUUGACAACACCUACGAAUGCUGCUCCUAGAGCGGCCGCUGCCGUUGGUCGGGAGGUGUUGUUUGGUGCCGCCGGUGCGCUUGGGGCUGGCAUCUUCGGGCUUUGA